GUUCUUCGAGCGGUAUUGGAAUCCAAUUUUUUUUUUCUGCGGGCUACCAUUCUCAAACUUUUCAAGCUGUGGUGGAAGGGUUUAGGGUUUAUACGAUGAAGUACGUGGUGGUAACCGGCGGGGUUGUGAGUGGCCUGGGCAAAGGCAUCACCGCCAGCAGCAUUGGAGUCCUCCUCCAAGCUUGCGGCUUGCGUGUUACUGCCAUCAAAAUUGAUCCAUACCUUAAUGUGGACGCUGGAACAAUGUCGCCCUUUGAGCACGGAGAAGUGUUCGUGCUUGACGAUGGUGGUGAGGUCGACUUGGAUCUCGGGAACUACGAGCGCUUCCUGGACAUCACUUUGACGAGAGAUAACAACAUCACUACAGGGAAGAUCUAUCAGUCUGUUUUUGAUAGGGAAAGGAGGGGUGACUACCUGGGAAAGACUGUUCAAGCCAUUCCUCACGUCACCAAUGAGAUACACGAUUGGAUCCAACGCGUUUCCAAAGUUUCUGUCGACGGGAAGGAGGGUGAAGCGGAUGUGUGUUUGAUCGAGCUUGGAGGCACUGUUUGUGACAUGGAGUCAGAAGCUUUCUUUCGAGCUCUGAGCGACUUUGAGUUCCGUCUGGGACGAGAGAACUUUUGCCUCGUUCAUGUCAGCCUUGUUCCUGUUCUUGGAGUCGUGGGCGAACAGAAGACGAAGCCCACACAGCACAGCGUCCAAGCGCUUCGAGCCUUGGGAUUAACACCCACACUACUUGCUUGCAGGAGUGCCAAACCAUUGGAAAAGAGUACUAGGGAGAAACUUGCGCUCUUUUGUCAUGUCCCGGCUCAUCACAUCUUCGGCAUCCACGACGUCUCCAACAUUUGGCAUGUCCCGCUUUUGCUCCGAGAUCAAAAUGUUCAUCUUGCUAUACUAGAAAGACUAAACCUCAGCACCGCAUCACAGCCAGAACUAUCACAAUGGGAGCAAAGAGCCCAGCGACUCGAUACACUUUCUUCUGUAAUAAGAAUUGGAAUGGUUGGGAAGUACACAGGCCUCGCUGAUUCCUACCUCUCCGUGAUCAAGGCGCUCCAACAUGCAGCAUUCUCGUGCGAGAAAAAGCUGGAGAUUGAAUGGGUCGCAUCGUCAGACCUGGAAGACGAUGCCUCGCAAAGUCUACGCACUGCCGCAUGGACCAAGCUAAAGAAUGUCGAUGGCGUUUUAGUUCCUGGAGGAUUUGGAGACCGAGGAAUACAAGGGAAGCUCUUGGCUGCGAAGUAUGCUCGUGAAAACAACGUCCCUUACUUGGGAAUCUGCCUGGGCAUGCAAAUCGCCGUGAUCGAAUUUGCGCGCUCAGUGCUUGGAUUGGACGGAGCACACAGCACUGAGUUUGAUCCGGCUACACCACAUCCUUGUGUCGUGUACAUGCCUGAGAUAUCAAAAACACGUAAAGGUGGGACAAUGAGGUUGGGUGCGAGGAGAACGCUCUUCCAGACGACAAACUGCAUCACUGCCAAACUUUAUGGGAAUGCAAUGUUUGUGGAUGAACGCCAUCGCCACCGGUACGAGGUAAAUCCGGAGAUGGUGAGCUCGCUCGAGAAUGCGGGGCUUUGUUUCGUGGGAAGAGAUGAAACUGGAAGCCGCAUGGAGAUCGUGGAACUGGCAUCGCACAAAUUCUAUGUUGGCGUCCAAUUCCAUCCCGAGUUUAAGUCUCGCCCCGGAAAGCCGUCACCGGUGUUUCUUGGUAGCUCGAAAAACUUUCCUUCCCUUUCUACAUUCCCAGUUGGUCUGAUCCACGCUUGGUUGCAGGGUUGAUUGCUUCGGCAUCGUCAAAGUAGCGACGUUUUCUCCGACGAAAGCAUCGCAAAAAACUUUGGUCAAAGAAAGUCAAACAAUCAUUGACCAA